GUCUUACACACUCACGCUAAUAAUUUAACACUACUCUCUCUCUCUCUCUCUGGAAGGAAGAAUCUCUUAUCUUCUUCUUCUCUCUCUCACACCAUUUCAUCUUUCCUUUAUCCAGUCUUCUAUUGUCGGCCGUUAACCAUCCAUCACUCUCUCUCUUCUUUCUCUAUUUUGUAAGAUCAAGAUCAGUAUUUUCUUGAUUGAUUCUGAUCCCAUAAGAUUUUCAGAAUUUCUGGGCGUGGAGAAUUCUUGAUUCUUCCUUUUCUGCGAGUUUGGAAUUAAGAUGGCUUCUUUGCAAGGCCCUGUUGUUUGUCCUGUAGUUCGUGCAAAACAAUCUGGAUUGGGUGUGCCUAUUAAUUCACCAUUACUGAAAGCUAAAUUAUUUAGAAGUGGAUUCUUGGGGCUAAAAGGGCUCAGCUGCGGCAGGGCUUAUGUGGGCCAAGGACGACAUUUGAAGAAACGGAACACGACUCGGUGUAGCUUUAGUUCGUCAUCAAAUGGUAAUGGUAGCACGGCCGAGAACUCCAAUGAGAAUGAUGCUGAUUAUGUGAAUUCAAGUGUGGUUGAAGCUGUUGAGGUAAGAAGUAGCCCAGAUGGUUUCAUGAUCAAGAUGAGAGACGGUCGGCAUUUGAGAUGUGUCCAUAAUAGCCCUCAAGGAGGUCAUCUCCCGGAUUAUUCCCCGCAUCAUGCAAUUGUAUUGAAGAUGGAAGAUGGGACUGGGCUGCUUCUCCCUAUAAUUGUUUUGGAGAUGCCGAGUGUGCUGCUCAUGGCAGCUGUACGCAAUGUCCAAAUUGCGAGGCCUACCAUGUAUCAAGUGGUGAAGGACAUGAUUGAGAAGAUGGGCUAUACAGUGAAACUCGUACGUGUCACUAAGAGGGUACACGAGGCAUACUUUGCUGAGUUACACCUUGCCAAGUUGGGUAAUGAAGCAGAAUGCAUCAGCUUUGAUCUGCGACCCUCGGAUGCCAUUAACAUUGCAGUGAGAUGUAAGGUGCCAAUACAAGUCAACAAGUUCUUGGCAUAUAGUGACGGCAUGAGGGUUGUCGAGUCCGCUAAGGCGUCGGUCCAGAGUUCCUCUUUGGAUGGCAUAUUGUUCACCGAACUCGAUAGACCUACUGGCCAUCCAUGCAUUGAGACAAAGGAGUUCAAUUUAUUACGCAACAUGCUAAUUGCUGCUGUUGAGGAACGUUACAGGGAUGCAGCGUUGUGGAGGGACAAGCUCACUCAACUCCGGUCCAAGAAGAACUGGACAUAACACUGUUUGAAGUGACAUUCUCUCAUUCUGGUGGAACCGUAAGAUUGCCCUCUCUGCGUGGGGUUCCAGGUGGUAUAGAGGAAUGACUUGUGUACAUAGGGUCGUUGGUGGGGCAUUUUUAGUAAUUAGUUUCUACUUCUCCCCACCCGUUAUGAUAAAAGCUUGUGCAUAUGUGUAUAGGGAUAAAACUAUAGAAUGUAAUGCUGAAUUAUACGUCGCAACUUUUGAAUUUACUCUGAUCGUUGGAACCUGGAAAGAGCCCUUGUUUCCAUCAA